GAAAUUUCGGUGGUUCUGUUUCGUCGUGGAGAAGAGAGUAUGUGUGAAAUGGUCGUGUUUUAGAAUAUUUUGAAAAACUCUUUAUCAUGUGUAGCUGUUUAAGUUAGUUAUUCAUAAAUUAGUAGUAUUUUUUGUUGUCUAAAUAUAAAUUCGUGCCUUCUCGCUGUGUGAACCUUCAUUAGAUAUCCAAGACAGAUUUGUGCCCAGGGAGGAAGAUGACGGUUUUUAUCAACGAUAGUAUUAUUGUUUCUGUAUAAUAGUGUUUAUUAUCCAAAAUGACUACGACUACAAAAUCGGCUAAAGUAUCUUUAAAACCGAUUGAAGUACCUAAGGCUUUGCAGGAAGGAGAGAAGUUCAUAAAGUGGGAUGAGGACUCAGGUACUGGCCUCCCCGUCACACUACGGGUGGACCCUAAAGGUUUUUACCUGUACUGGACGGAUCAGAAUAUGGAGGUGGAAAUGUUGGAUAUCGCCACCAUCAGAGAUGUGAGAACUGGGGUGUAUGCUAAAUUACCUAAGGACCAGAAAACUAGGAACGUCGUCCUCAUCGGUUCUCACGGGUCACUUGAAGAGAAGACGGUCACUGUUUGCUACGGAGCCGACUUCGUCAAUGUGACCUUUGUGAACUUCUGCUGUACGAAGAAGGAGAUCGCACAGAUGUGGACAGAGGAGCUCUUCACGUUGGCGUACAACCUCAAUCAGUUCAACAAUCCGACGAUAAAGUUCCUCGAGAAGCUCCACACGAAGAUCGUCCUGAAGGCGGAUAAAUCUGGAAAGAUAUUGGUGAAAAAUAUCGUCCGUCUGUUCGCACAAAACAAAGAAGAUAAGAAAAGGGUCGAGAAAGCGCUGAGCGAGUCCGGCUUACCAACGGGGAAGAAUGAUACCAUUAAUCAAUCGAAGUUUCAGUUUGAAGACUUCUUCGCCUUCUACAAGAGCCUCACGCAGCGCACCGAAGUUCAGAAGAUAUUUAAUAACCUCACCGACGGGAAGCCGCACUUGUCGGCCAACCAGUUGGUCGAUUUUCUCAACGAAGUACAAAGAGAUCCACGAUUGAACGAGAUCCUGCACCCCUACGCGGACAUCCAGAGAGCUCGGGACCUGAUAAAGGCUUACGAGCACAAUAAAUACCACCAGCAGCGCUCCCAAUUAACAUUCGAUGGAUUUUUAAGGUUCCUAAUGUCGGAGGACAAUCCAAUCGUGGCUCCGAAUAAGCUGGACCUCUGCGAUGAUAUGGACCAACCGUUGGCGCACUACUUCAUCAACAGUUCUCAUAACACGUACCUCACCGGUCACCAGAUCACGGGCAAGUCGAGCGUGGAGAUCUACAGGCAGGGACUUUUAGCGGGUUGCAGGUGCGUCGAACUGGACUUUUGGAACGGUAGAACCGAAGAGCCGGUGAUCGUCCACGGUUACACGUUCGUACCAGAAAUUAGUGCCAAGGAAGUUUUGGAAGCGAUCGCCGAGAGCGCUUUCAAGACAUCCGAUUAUCCUGUCAUAUUGAGCUUCGAGAACCACUGCAAUCCUCGCCAACAAGCGAAGAUAGCCAACUACUGCAGGGAUAUAUUUGGCGAUAUGCUACUCGAUAAGGCCUUAGACUCGCAUCCGCUUGAACCAGGAGGGGAGUUACCACCACCAUCUUUUCUGAAGAACAAAAUAAUAAUAAAGAACAAGAAGAAACACCAUCAUCACCAUAAAAAGGAGGAGAAGGUGGUAGGCGAGGGGGAGAAGAUUGAACCAGUGCCGCAGGGGAAUGGAGAAAUCGCGCAUGCUCCGAGUUCGAAAGAGGAGACCUCAUCAUCGGAGUCAGAGAGUUCGAGUGAGGAGGAAGGAGGAGCGGAGGCGGAGGGGGCGGUUGAGGAGGCGAGAGAGACACACGCAGCGGCCGAAAUCUCCGCCCUUGUAAACUACGUGCAACCUGUGCACUUCUCCUCAUUCGAAAACGCGGAGAAAAAGAACCGCUUCUACGAGAUGUCUUCUUUCGAUGAGAAGCAGGCGACAACAUUGCUCAAGGAACGCCCGAUAGAGUUUGUGAACUACAAUAAACACCAAUUGUCGAGAGUGUAUCCAGCGGGGACGCGGUUCGAUUCAUCCAACUUUAUGCCACAGGUGUUCUGGAACGCAGGCUGUCAGUUGGUGGCGCUGAAUUAUCAAACUUUAGACCUUGCGAUGCAGUUGAAUCUUGGAACAUUCGAGUACAAUCGCCGCUGCGGAUACCUUCUCAAACCUGAGUUUAUGAGGCGAAAGGAUCGUCGCUUGGAUCCAUUCGCGGAAAGCACAGUAGACGGUAUAAUAGCCGGUUCGCUAUCGGUCAGUGUGGUAUCCGGUCAGCUUCUGACCGACAAACGGACCGGAACGUACGUCGAAGUGGACAUGUUCGGUUUGCCAGCGGACACCGUCAGGAAGAAGUUCAGGACGAAAAUAGUUCCAAAUAAUGGAAUUAACCCUGUGUAUGGGGAUGAUCCGUUUGUGUUUAAAAAGGUGGUCCUGCCCGAAUUGGCGAUGCUUCGGAUCGCGGCUCACGAGGAGAGUGGGCGUCUCCUGGGGCACCGAGUGCUCCCAGUGCUGGGGCUCUGCCCCGGCUACCGGCACGUAGGGCUCCGCGCGGAGCUAGGGCUCCCCCUGCCCGCCAGUUUACUCCUCCACGUGCAAGUCAAGGACUACGUCCCCGAUCGGCUGUCAGAACUGGCAGAGGCUCUGGCAAACCCCAUCAAGUACCAGAGUGAUAUGGAGAAAAGAGCCCACCAGCUCGCAGUUCUCACUGAUGACACGGAGGAACCUCGAGCUGAGCCAGUGCGGGUAGGUAUGUCGACACCAACAAUUUAUACUACGCUAACUCAAAUUUUUAACAAGUUUAUUGAUGGAAGUCCAAAUAAAGUGAACACAAGUGUUGAGAAAAUUCAGGGUGAAACGGACACCAGCCAGACGACCGAUCCUGAAAAACCUGAGGAGGAAACGAAGUGGAACGGCAGCGGUAAUACGGAGGAAGAGUUCGCGGAAUCAUUAGAAGCGCUUUUAAACAGCAAAGUAGUGAGAGACAAGAGGGCAGAGCUGGCAAGGAAACUGGACGCGUUGAGGCGGAAGAACCAAAGAACUAAGCCUGUAACAGCCAAGUUCUUUGUUAAAAGACUGUCUACUAGGAAUAUGAGCGAGCCGGCGCCCAGCGAAGACACGCCCACCGGUGGGGACAGCGCCGAACGCGAACUGCGACUCCGGUACCACCACGCCAUAUACGCAGCGCUGGAGAAGAAUCUACGAAACGAACAGCAACAACAAAUGAAAGCUUUAACUGAUCUGCUCGAGUCGGAAAAAAAGGAUAUUUUGAAUAAGUUGGCAAAUUCGCGCAAAGAAGAUGUCAAGGCUUUAUCAAAGAAGACCAACAGAGAUAAAGACGAAAUAUUGAGGAUAAAGAGAGAGAUUCAUUCGCAGUCUGUGGAGCGCGGCGUGGCGGAGUGCUCGCGGCUGGAGCAGGCGCACGCGCGGAGGCGCGAGCAGCUGGCGCGCGCGCACGAGCGCAUGCGCGCCGCGCUGCUGCUGCACCGCGACCAGGAGCUGCUGGAACUGGAGCGUCUGUGCGGCGGAGCUCCCGAGGGCUAG